CAUCACGGCGUCAUUACGUCCUCGGAGCUUCUGCCGUGACUGCCCUUCAUCCGUCCACAUCCUCACAGGCUUGACCCCACCAGUCACGCAGAAAUGGCCCUGCUGAAGUCCAACAAAUUGUUCGUGUGUUUUGGAAACAUGACUCCGUCACUUGGGGUUAUGUCCGCCCGAAACAGUUCAUGGUGGGGUGGAGUGCAGAUGGGCCCCCCUGAUCCCAUCCUGGGGGUGACGGAAGCCUUCAAGAGGGACACCAACCCGAAGAAGAUGAACCUAGGGGUGGGAGCUUACAGGGAUGAUCAGGGCAAGCCCUUCGUCCUCAGCUGUGUUCGUAAGGCAGAGGCCUUGAUUGCAGCGAAACAGCUGGACAAGGAAUAUCUUCCCAUUGGCGGUUUGGGGGAAUUUAGCAAGGCUUGUGCCCAACUUGCUCUUGGAGCUGACAAUGAGGUCUUGAAGAGUGGCAGGAACAUCACUGUACAGACCAUCUCUGGAACUGGAUCGCUGCGUAUUGGAGCUAACUUUUUGUCUCGGUUCCAUGGAGGUCCUCGUGACGUGUACUUGCCCAAACCCUCUUGGGGUAAUCACACACCCAUCUUCAGAGACGCUGGAAUGCAGCUCAAAGCAUACCGCUACUAUGACCCAUCCACAUGUGGGUUUGAUUUCAACGGCGCUCUGGAGGACAUCUCUAAAAUCCCAGAGCAGAGUGUGAUCUUGUUGCAUGCCUGUGCCCAUAAUCCCACCGGUGUGGACCCCAGGCCUGAACAGUGGAAGGAGAUAGCUGACAUUGUGAAGAAGCGCAACCUGCUGGUGUUCUUCGACAUGGCCUACCAGGGCUUUGCAAGUGGAGACAUUGAUCGCGAUGCCUGGGCAGUGCGCUACUUUAUUGAGCAGGGCCACAACAUUGUGCUGUCCCAGUCCUUUGCUAAGAACAUGGGUCUCUAUGGCGAACGUGUGGGAGGCUUCACUGUGGUGUGUAAGGACAGCGAAGAGGCGAAGAGGGUGGAGUCUCAGCUCAAGAUCCUCAUCAGGCCCAUUUAUUCCAACCCGCCAAUGAACGGAGCAAGAAUCGCCGCCACUAUUCUCAACACGCCAGAUCUGCGCGCUCUUUGGCUGGAGGAGGUCCAUGGGAUGGCCAAUCGCAUCAUCAAGAUGAGAGAACAGCUGGCGGCCGGCUUGAAAAAGAAUGGUUCCACCCACAACUGGCAGCAUGUCAUUGACCAGAUCGGCAUGUUCUGUUUCACAGGCCUGAAACCGGAACAGGUGGAACGCAUAACGAAAGAGUAUUCGGUGUACAUGACCAAGGAUGGCAGAAUCUCCAUGGCAGGCGUGUCCUCCGGGAAUGUGGAAUACCUGGCCGAGGCCAUCCACGCCGUUUCAAAGUAGAGCGGAUCCCGCUGGUAGAGCGACAACAGCCAUGGGGCAGAGUUGGAAAGAUUUGACACGUCCCUUGUCUCCUCUAUUCAUUACCAGUACCCAGUUCGAAAUUUUUCUUGGACGUCAUCGGUCUACUGUCCAACUCGUUGCGGUUAAAAUAGUUCACUUUAUUUUGUUUGAUUUUGUUUCAAAACAAUGUCACUCAACCAGAGUUUCCCCUGUUAAAUUGUUCAACCUAGUCACUUUGAGCUGACUGAGAUAUCUAUUGUAAUCUUGUCUUAUUUAUUGUGUAGAACAAACCCAUCUGCUGUUCUUUUGCUUUUGACUCUCAAUGUUUAACCAUCAGGGUAAUAUUUAGACAGCGGUUUCAAGAACAAAUGAAGAAAGAUCUGGCUUUGGGAAAAUGUGCAUUUUUGUUGCUUUUUACAGCACUUUAUGACUUCAUUCAAACUGAAGCACUGAGACUUUCAGGAUUAUCCUGAUGCUCUUUGUCAUUGGCAAGAAAAUUAUCUGUUGCCUGAUUAGUUCUUCACCUGACCUAAUCAGUCAUUCGGUAGUUUUUUGUAGUAUCACUCUUCUUUUACGUCUUUAUUCAAAUACUGUAGUAACUUUGAGUGUCAUCAGUUGCUGAGCAGCAGGUUCUCCGUCAGUUGUGUCAGGUUGUCCUCACAACAGUAAUGCAAGUCAAAAUAGAGUUGAUAGAGGAUUGGUUUUUUUUUUUUUGGUUUUAAACUACAAAGCUACAAAGCACUUAUUUUCGUGUUUCCAAAAUAGGGUUUUACAUCAAGUAUGGGUACAGUUGUCAGAGUUUGGGUUGUAAAAGGUGAAGUGUCAGUCUAUUCAUAAGUAAGACAUGACCACUGAGGGUGUUCGAAUGUCAAACGUUACCAUUUGCCUCUGUGUUCUGCAUAUUAAAAGAUCAGUCAUGUGCAUCACAGAAAUACAAUAAAUCAUUACAGAAUA